UCUGAGAUAAGAAACAAUUAUGAUUUUUUCGUCAUAAAAAUCGAAACUUUCUUUCCCCCAAAAAACUCGUUUUCUUCGUCUUCAGGUCAGAUCUCUUGUGGACUCUGAUUUCUAUCUUUAGGAUCGUAGUUGAGUUAGGGCGGCUGACGCUGAGGAUCUCUUGUAUCAUUACCAGUGUUUGCAUAAUCUGAAUAGUUGGUGCGAAGGAAAAUCCUAAUGGAAGACUUAAACAGAAAUGUUUCUCAGACUCCUCCAAGUCCACAAACCCGAAGUUCUCCAGAUGGUCCUGUGGCCAUCCUGUGGGAUAUUGAGAAUUGCCCUGUUCCGAGUGACGUACGCCCUGAAGACGUAGCUGGUAAUAUAAGAAUGGCUUUGCGAGUGCACCCUGUAAUAAAAGGUGCAGUUAUGAUGUUUUCUGCAUAUGGGGAUUUCAAUGCAUUUCCUAGACGUUUGAGAGAAGGGUGCCAGAGAACAGGGGUCAAACUAAUUGACGUGCCAAAUGGUCGGAAAGAUGCUGCCGACAAGGCUAUACUGGUCGAUAUGUUUCUCUUUGCCCUCGACAACCCUCCCCCGUCUUCCAUUAUGCUCAUAUCUGGAGACGUCGAUUUUGCUCCAGCACUUCACAUUUUAGGUCAACGUGGAUAUAAUGUGAUACUUGUCAUCCCUUCUGGUGUGGGUGUUUCAUCUGCCCUUUGCAAUGCUGGAAAGUUUGUUUGGGACUGGCCCACUGUGGCUCGUGGUGAAGGCUUUGCUCUUGCCCCCAAGGUGUUGGCUUCCCGUGGAGGAGCAGCCGAAAUUUCUGGAUAUCCUAAGGGAUGUCAUAUCAACGAUAACCCGGAUUGCCAAAACGAAGACGAAGCUAUUAUCUUUAGAGGGAUCUCCCAGAACUAUUACAACUCGAGGGAUUUUUCAGUAGUAACUCAGUCUUUAUCUUCAUCUUUGAGGUCACAGAGUCUCCCAUCUGGUUUGAAUGAGGUUCCAACAGGUCCUGUUUCGUGUGGAGAUCAGAACGAGUCGGCUUGGUGGCUGCAGACAGGAGACUUAAAUGUUCUGAAGGGACAGUUGGUUAAGAUGCUAGAACUUUCUGGAGGGUGCUUACCCGUAACUAAAGUUCGAGCCGAGUACCAGAGAGUCUUUGGAAGGCCAUUGUACACUUCUGAGCCAGGUAUCAAGCUUGUGAAUCUUUUUAAGAAGAUGGGAGACACCCUCAUUGUAGAGGGCAAAGGUAACAAGAAAUCUGUCUACCUUCGAAACUCCAGAUCAUGCCCGAGCGCCCCACCGUUGAUAUUAUCAAGGAAAGAAAACAAGAAAGGCAAGGGUACAUUGGAAGAGACUGUUGAUGCUGCUCCAGGCAUGGGCUCAUCGGACGAAUACUCGGAUGAAGAAAGAGUAGUCCUCGAAGAACACGACGUGAAGAAGGGUGUAGGAAAACCCAACCAAAACAACAACGAACAUUGUCUCGAUCAAUUCAAACAUGAGCUACAGGAGAUUCUCGUAAGCUAUUCUUGCAGAAUCUUCUUGGGAUGUUUCGAGGAAAUAUACCUACAGCGAUACAAGAAAUCCCUGGACUUCCAGAGCCUCGGGGUUCGCGGAUUGGAGGAGUUGUUCGACAAAGUAAGCGAUGUCGUUGUCUUGCACGAAGAUCCAGCCAGCAAGCGAAAGUUCCUGGCUGCAUUCGGUAGCUAAAAGGAUGAUGAAGAUGAUCAGGUAGCUAACCUUUGUAUCCAUUCUAUGUCAUUAACUUGUGAAAUAGCUCCAAACAAGAAAGAGAGGCUGGUUGUGUUGUGUUUUUUUCUUCUUCCUCCAGCAUGUUCUUUGUCCUUUUUAACGUAUGGAAAACUGUCACUGUAAGUGUCUGUAACAGAUGAAGAUCUUUGUCUGAGUCUCUGUAAAUUACUCUCUGCUCAAGUUUUAAGAUUAAUAUAAGGUUCUUUCUUUUCAUUUCAA